AUGCGUGUUUUAAUUGUUUUUUUUUGUCUAAGGGAACUCCCUGUUUUUACAUGCCAAGCCCAUGUGUUCACAAUCGACCCUUCAACGCGUAGAUCAUGGGUUCAAGCAAGCUCUAAAGCGAUUGACAUAAACUUUUUCUACGAUUCAAAUAAACAAUGCUACCGGAUUGUUAGUGUAGAAGAUGGACCCGCUGGAAAGAAGGUAGUUAUCAACAGCACGAUAACACCUAAGAUGGUUUUUAAGCAGACUUCCCAGAAGUUUGGCCAAUGGGCUGAUCCAAAAUCCUCAGGUGUCUUUGGACUUGGAUUCGAUUCUGAAACUGAUCUAAAUAAAAGUGAGUCUCAACCCUCGACUCUCAAGAACGGACAGUCAGUUGCCCCGGUAUCACUGCCUGUGGUAGACCGGAAUACUCUCCCUCCGCCAACUCCUCCAGGUGCCUCUGUGGUGAAUGCUUUCCAAUCUGGCAUUGUUCCUGCCCCCAUAUUUUCUUCGGCUGUAACGAGUGAAAGCUGUUCCGGUGCUGAUGGCCAACAGGUCAUGCAGCAGCAAGCGUACUAUCAGGCGCAUAUCCAGCGACUUGAACGCGAACUUGAGGCAGUUCGAAGACAGGCAUCUAGACACGCCGAUAGCGGUCAUGCCAGUUCCCCCUUGAAAUCAAACUUCGAAAAUGUCGACUUGCGCGAUGGUCUGGACCGAAUACACUUGGCCUCGUCCUCGGAUGGCGGCAGCACCACCGGAGGCAGUUCCCUCGUCCGCAAACUUCCCCUUCUCUCCAGUGGACUAGUAACGCCGCUGGCGCACGUCGAAAAGGUUCCCUCCUCCGAGCAGCUCGUGGGUGGGGACAGCAAUGUGCCCUCCGAUAGCACGGCCAUGCUGCUUAAGUUGCACGCUCGUCUGGGGAGCAUUCUGCGCGACGCCUGUGACCUGCACAAACAAAUUGGCUUUCUCCUUUCUGCUGCAUCCGGUCAGCCGACAUGA